AUGAAGAAGGAAAAGAAUAAAAGUGACAACGCAGCUGUAGUCUUCUUUGUUUGGGGUUGGCUCCAGUUUAUGAAAGAAAUAGAUUUAAAACACAAAAAUUCAGAAGUUCUUUGCCAAGAGUUUUGGAUAAAAUUAUUGUGUGGUGAUAAAUACCCAAAAUUAAAAAAAUUGCCUUUGAAACUUUGUACAAUGUUUGGAUCAACAUAUGUUUGUGAAGCAGUGUUUUCUAAGAUGAACUUCAUCUAUCUAGUCAAAACUAAAAAACGAUCUCGUCUUACCAAUGACCAUCUCCAGGAUUUAAUGUCGAUAGCUUGCACCAACUUAAUUCCGGACUUCAGACAGAUAGUUCAAACUAAAAAAUGCCAUUUUUCGCCUUAA